CAUCCGCAUCAGCUUCAGUCACAGCAACCAUCACUACACUCUUACACACUCACCAACAACUUUUUGAAAUACCAACACUUCCAACCACCUUCAAAAUGAAGUUCUUCAUCGCUACCAUCUUUGCUACCGGCGCUCUCGCCAUCUCUGUCUGCCCUACUGGCCUUUAUUCCAACCCUCAGUGCUGUGGUGCCAACAUCCUUGGCGUCGCCGCUCUCGAUUGCCAUACUCCGAGAGCUCCGAUUUUGCCUGGCGCCCUUUUCGAAGCCGUCUGCAGUGACGAGGGUGGCAAGGAGCCCCUUUGCUGCACUAUUCCCGUUGCCGGCCAAGACCUUCUUUGCGUGGCCCCCGUUGGUACUGCCUAAGGCAAAGGCUGGCAUACGAUUGAUUCCACGUGAAGGCAACGAACUGUGGAGUAUACAGUCACUGGUAUGAGGGGCUCGCAAAAUUGGAGGAAUAUGGAUGCAAUGUGGGUGAGGUUGGAUACUGGAGGAUUGUUAUAAUGGAUGUUUGCGAGCAG